CACACACACACACACACACACACACACACACACACACACACUCCGGCAGCUCUGCUCCCUUAAUAAGCAUCAUAUGCUCUUCUGCUCAAGAUGGCGGUGCAGGCAGCGGAAAACGACGGAAUAAAUGUGGAGGAUGACCACCUGAACGACUCGCUGAGGAAUCCCGGCCUCAUUUCACCUGACAAGGAGGAAAUCUCCCGCCUGCUGACGGUGCCGUUCAGUGGACGCAUCCGGGGAGGCAUGCGGCCAGGGAAGAAGAUUAUAGUGAUGGGCAUAGUUGAACUGGAGCCAGAGAGCUUUCACGUGAGCCUGACCUGUGGUCGUGACUCGGAGAAGGACGGGACUCUGCACGACGUGGCCCUGAAACUCACCGCCCGCUUCAACGACCGCCAGUUCAUGCGCAGCGCCCGCAUCGCCGGGAAGUGGACUGUGGAGGAGGCAUCCACCGACUACUUCCCUUUCAUCCCUGAUCAGCCUUUUAGGAUUGAGAUCCACUGCGAGCACCAGAGGUUCCGGAUAUUCGUGGACGGACACCAGCUCUUUGACUUUUAUCACAAAGUGAAAUCUUUCACCUCCAUCGACACGGUACAGAUACACGGAGAUCUACAGAUCACCAAGCUCGGUUAACAGCUCACCUUUCCUGCUCUGCAACUCUGUGUGUGUGAAGCAAGGACUUGUCCAUAGACGAAUCCACACACACACAUGUGCGCCUGUUACGUCGUCAUCCAUAACCCAUCACUGCAACAACUGGAAAAAUGGCUCCCACUUUGACAAGUUAGACAUCUUCAUUCUCUCCUUUUUAUUGAGCCAGGAUCUGAUGCUUUUGAGGGCAAAUGUGUUCCCCCCGAUCAGGGACCUCAUGGCUUAUUAACGGCGCAUUCAUUUUUUAUGAGGAGUCCUCUAGGGAUGCUGAGGUAGAGGCAGGUCUGGAGUGCUUUCAAGGAUGAAGCUUCUCAGGUAAAAACAUCUGUCUCUGAGCAGCUCAUAUUUUAGUCCUGAAAUUGUAGGUCAUGUAACACUCAUCCAGAGCAUUUUGGAUUAUCUGCAAUAUGCAUGCUUAUCACGCUAGAAAGACGUUCACUGGUUAUAGAAUGUCAAUGCAGUAACUUCUGCAGUUCUGGACCUGAGCAUUGACAAAUUCCCACAACAACUGAAACAUGAUUUUCCUUAUGAGAUGAAACCGUUUUAAGAUUGGGUCGGAUUUGACACUUUUUCAGCUUUGAUUUCCCUCCAGCUGUGUUUAUUGUUCCCAUAAGCUAAAGCUCGAUCAUAUUUGUGCAGAGUAUUGCACCGUGUUUUCUUUUUUGGGUGAGCUGGUGUGUUUCCAACUCUGAAGACGCUCGCAUGCCCUCCCCCUGGGUUUAUCCCUGUUGUCACGGUAACACGCUGCUGUCUCACCGACCUAAAUGCACCAAAAUGAGGAUUAUAUCUUAGACAAGAUACGGUACAUCGGUAGAUUUAGUGAUCCCUGCAGCCAUUCCCCCUGAAUAAUGAAAGUGUGCAUGUGUGCUGAACAGGAUGUAGAAUUAUGACUGUUAAAGGCAAGGCGAGAGGAGGAAACGCUCUUAAUUGAGUUUGAGAUUUGGGCUGUCACACUCAAUUAUUUCAUGCUAAGUUUAAUGAAUCAUAAUCUAGAGACCAAUAUGCAACACAUUCCCUUUAAAGAACACACACAGUUUAGUGGAUAUUAAAUAAACUGCGUGCAGGAGUCAAAUGAAACUCAAUCUUCAGCACAUUAGGAGUCGGGUGUUUUUGGAAGCAGGAGCAGAUCCUGGUGGUCUUUGAAUGUAUAGUAUUCAUAUAUAGUAGCAUAGACGAUAGUGAUGCACAACAUUUUAACUUACUGUCACAGUUUUUUGGUGGUACGCCUGGUGCUGUUCUAGUCUAUUUUCAGUCGCACAGUUUGUCUUAAGUGUUUCCUGAAUCAUUCCACUGAAGCGUUUUGUCCACACUGAGACAGGUUGAGGUUAUGACGCACUUACAUUCGUGCUUAAUUUGGGUUUUACAAUUCUAACAAACACAAUAAUGUCUCUAUAUUUGCUCCAUUCUACACUUUCUAGUAUUUUCCUUUUACUGAGGCAGAAAGGAAGUUAUAAUAACUCCACAGUAGUAGUAUUAGAAGUUCAGCUUGGUUUACGCCUCCAACAGUAUCAUAUGACCUGUAAAGGUUUGCACAUGAAGUAGAACUAGGUAAACAUGUCACUGCAUACACUAAUAAAGGCUUUAUGAUAUAUAACUUAUUGAUGGAUAGUUAGACGUAAAGUUUUCACUCAUUGAUGGAAACAGCUUUUGGGUUGCCAGGUUGGGAAAGUUCCCUUUUCUGUUUCUUUCGUCUUUGGUGGUGAUGCAUGUUGGUAAACCAUCUCAUAAACCUUUAUUUAUGCAUCAUUGAUACAGGUUAUUGACUUUCUCAAAGGAUGGUAGUGCAUCUAAAAGUUUCUACGUGAUCUGCAUGAAAAAGAUAGAAAGACAAAGUCAGCGUUAUUCUGCAGGACGGGGGAUUACUUCUCAACCGAUUAACCCAAAAGUUGUUCCUGUCAACGGCUAAAGUUAAAUGAUCCGUAAGACAUUGAUACAUUUUUUAAAUCCAUAAAGAAAGUAAUUCUUUACAACCUCUAAAUUCCUAAAGGGUGACUCUUUUUUUUGGUUUUAAAUAGCUUAGACCAGGUUGAAGAAGCUUCAGAGACAGAUGUUACACUUCAUAUCAGAGUUGAAUGCAUGCUCUUUAUGCUGUGUCAUGGUCCUUAUCCACUUUUUUAGCAGCUUGACUCAGUGGAAAAGCAUAGACUGCUUCCCAAGGCUGCAGAAAACCACCAUUACGUAUUUUUACACUUCAGUUUUGAUCUGAACAAGCUAAUUUUGCUGCUGUGAAUCUGGAGUAAGCCAUAACAUCUGUGCAGAACUUUAAUUCAAGCCUUACACUAAUGAAGCUUUCUCUUUUGAUUUCUAAUCAAACGGUGAGGAACCUGUUAGUUUAACAUCUUGUUAUUGUCUGUACAAAGUGCAGCAUGCAUCAGAAACACAGAGAGGCUUUUCAUACAUGCACUGAGUAUCCAUUAGCCUUUGUCAUGUAGCAAUAAGCACAGACUUGACUCCCUGGAGCAGGACUCAGUUUCUCAUGAUUUGUCAGACCGGGUCUUCCUCAGCUCCUCGUUUCAGACACAAACAGGAAACGAGGGCAGUGCAGUUUAGAAAGGGAGAUGCUUCAACAUCACAACAGAACAGAUGUGUACAAAUAAUGUGUAAUUGUUUUGGCCGGGUGUGUUUUUUUGAAUUUGUAUUAACUGGUGACCAUAUUUGUACUGCUAGUUUCCUGUAAACUCGUUUAUAGACACCAUGUAAAGAGAAAGCAUCACUCAGCAGUGUGUUUCGUGGGAGUUCUAACAAGGUGUGUGAAGUGGUUUUCUCCUAGGGUAGGAAUUAUGGGGGAGGGGGACAAACAAUUCAAAGCUUCUUGAACUAAAGGGCUCUAAACAGGGAGUGUGUUUGUAUGUGUCUGUCGGUCAGUGUGUGUGUGUGUGUGUGUGUGUGUGUGUGUGUGUGUGUGUGUGUGUGUGUGUGUGUGUGACAGGAGCUGUGCUUAAUUCUGCAUUAGUAAACUGUUGGGCGUUUGUGUGCACAGUGGGGUGGGGUGCAAGUACUUGAUAAGCUGGCAUGGUACUAGAGCAUACUGAGGUGGUACUGUUGCACUUUAAAAAAAAAAGUGUUGACUAAAGACUCUCAUAACUGCUUAGACAUUGUUGGUACAUGUGCUUAGAAAACCUCAACCUCAGUUGUGUUUCUUCCUGAAAUGUCGUAUUAAAUACAUUAAGACCCAGUUCCUGAUCUCCGGAUGAUCCCAUGUAUUCUGAAGAUCCUGGGAAGACUCGCUCUAAACUACCUGAUAUAUAAAUUGUUCUUCAGCCCUUUAAAAAUGCGACGUAAAAACUGAAUGUGAUUCUCCUUCUGAUUGUAAUCUGAUGCCCAUGUGGAAAUGCUGUUAAUAUAUGAUAGAAGAAUUUUACCCCUUCCUAUCCCAACUUUAUUUGACCCUGUGACCCUGCUUUUUGGGCUAUGGAUGUACAUAUUUAAUAACAAAGCCUCAGAGGGUUCAUUUUUACAUGAGGAUUACCGAGCUGAGUUACCAGCAGAAGGCAUUUAGUUGUGCAUGUAAGCCUGUACCUGUCAUUUUAUGUACAUGUACGAUGGAUUUGUUGUAUUGCCAGUUUUCUUUCUAGCAUGUGUUUUCUUUAUUUCAUUCUAAAGCAGAUUUCCCGUUGGCCCCUUCUAGCCUAGUGUUAAUGAAGAUUCCAGUUAAUUGCUUACCAAAUUACAAUCUUUGAACACCCUGACACUAACGUAUAGAAUUCAAGCUUUUCCCACGACUUUUAAUAAAUAAAACGACUCUAAAAAGUGCUAAACCUACGUCCUGAUGUCCAUUUCUGAGUCGAAGUAGGCUAAUGUAUUGUGUGGUUGUAAAAUCAUGUUAUCAUUUCUAUUUAUUAGAGUGUGACCAGCAGGGUUGUGUGUGGUAACGUCAUACCAUAAUGUAUUGGUAACGUACUCAUCUUUGCUGUUUAUAUGAAGGCAUAUUAAAAACGUUUUUAUAAUGAAAGUAACUGAUGUCAUAUAUUACAUAUUGUACUAUGAUAUAAGGAAAUGUGUGAAACGAGUAUUGGAUCAAAUAUUAUUUUCUUUCAACUGCAAAAAAGGGUCAGUUUUAAUUUGUGUGUUUUCUGGGAUGUCUGAGGAUCAUCAGGGUGUUGUCUGUUGUGGCUUUGAUCUUCUGGAAGUCUUUCAUGUAUCAUGCAGUUCAUCAGGCUGUUUGAUCCACUGUCAGCUCUGUUGAGAAAAAAAGCUGCUGCUCCAAAAAACAUUUGGAGCAUUUGAUGCAAAUUCCCGAAAUAUCCUGCAUUUAUGUCUCUUUGAGAAUAUGCAUUGGACCGGUGUUUACAUGAUGUGCAUUCCACCCUUGUCAGACCUCUCCUCAUGUUUUUUUCUCUCCAUGCUUUUGUAAAAACUGCUUCUUUGCAAACCAAUAAAACAUCUCGUCUUGGAAAAGUU